GCCCGCUCCCCCCUCCCCUGAGCGCCGCUCCGGCUGCACCGCGCUCGCUCUGAGCUCCGUGCUCCUAAGCUAGUGCCACCGUUGUCUCCCUCCAGUCGCCAUCAUGAUCAUCUACCGGGACCUCAUCAGCCAUGAUGAGAUGCUCUCCGACAUCUACAAGAUCCGGGAGGUCGCGGACGGGCUGUGUCUGGAGGUGGAGGGGAAGAUGGUCAGUAGGACAGGGGGUAACGUUGAUGACUCGCUCAUUGGUGGAAAUGUCUCCGCUGAAGGCCCCGAGGGCGAAGGUACCGAAAGCACAGUAAUCACUGGUGUGGAUAUUGUCAUGAACCAUCACUUGCAGGAAACCAGCUUCACAAAAGAAGCCUACAAGAAGUACAUCAAAGAUUACAUGAAGUCAAUCAAAGGGAAGCUUGAAGAACAGAGACCAGAAAGAGGAAAACCUUUUAUGACAGGGGCUGCAGAACAAAUCAAGAAUAUCCUUGCUAAUUUCAAAAACUAUCAGUUCUUUAUUGGUGAAAACAUGAAUCCAGAUGGCAUGGUUGCUCUGCUGGAUUACCGUGAGGAUGGUGUGACCCCAUAUAUGAUUUUCUUUAAGGAUGGCCUAGAAAUGGAAAAAUGUUAACAAAUUUGGCUGUUU